AUGGCACCUACUUUAUUAGUUUCGAUUUUGGGAGUAACCUCACUUUGUGUACUCGUAUUAGCGCUACUUUUGGUCGUAGCUCUCAAAGUUUUCCCCAAGAAAGUUAAAGAUGAUUUGAUCAUACACCAGUCGGACGGGGAAGAAAAAACAUCGAGACGUCUCGGUAUGUUGGAACAGGUGUUUCUGGAAAGACAGAAGAUCAACAACUGGGGAACUGUUUCUUCUGUCUUGCUGUUGGACUCUACGCAAGAACUAAGGCAAGAUGAAUUCAGAAAAGCUCUUGUUCUUCUGGCCAAGCGGUAUCCUUUGCUACGUAUGAGAAUACAAGAAACCACCGAUGGAGUCCAAUUUGAAGAAAUGGAAAACCCUACUACAAUUGACUUUGAACUGUUAAACCAUGUGACAGCCGAUAACUGGGUACAAGGCUUCGAAGCAGAACUAAACGGUUAUCCGUUUAACAUCACUAGAGGGCCUUUGUGGCGAGCAAGACUACUGAAAGAAACUUUCAGCGAAGGAAAAUUCACAAACGCGGUUGUGUUUACGUUUCAGCACAUCAUCUGCGAUGCGCUGUCCAUCUUUGAGUUCCAAAAAACGCUGUUGGAAUUUCUGGCUUCUCUUCAUGGUGGGGUAGAGUUUAAAGUUGAGAGUCUUCCUCUAAAGCCUCCUUUGGAGUCACUAAUGCCCAAACUAGUUCAACCUAGCAUCGCGGAGAGGGCGUUGCUUUCGAGUUUCUUCUCAAUCCAACGGGCCAAAGCUUUUUUUGUCAAACCAAAAAAUCUGUUUCUAUCAGUCUACCCUCCUGUGGCCAACGCAGACCCAAUUGUGACCAAGAAAACUUGUGUUUUGGCUCGUAGCCUCUCUGAAGAAGAAACCAAGCUAUUGAAGAAAAGCUGCAGGGAAAACAAAUGCACGGUACACGGCGCAAUCACUGCCUCCACGUAUCUCGCGACUGCGCGAAUUCUACACCGAGAGAAACACGACUUAAAAUUUCCACUUUCCCUGGAAUCAUCUUAUUCUGCCAGUGUACGAAACGAUUGCGAGCCAAAGCUAAACAGGGAGGACUUUGGUGCCUAUGUCAGCGCGAGCAGCUUAAAACUUCCAGUACCUCUAGUGCAGCCCGAUGACAAGCAAGGCUUCUGGGAGUUUGCCCGUGCGUGUACUCGCGAGGUCCACGCGCAGAUAGAUUCUAAAAAGUACCUCAAUCUUUUGAAGUUUUACCACUGUAUAGACAUUCCCAAAUACUGCGCUAUGUCUAACUACGAACACAACCAAGGGCGCCGAAGCCACAUUUUUAACAUUAACAAUUACGGAGCUCAGCAGACAAAUCAGAGUGAUACAGGUCCGUUUAAAUUUGCUGGUUUAUUCUUUGGUGUUCAAGGAGCGAAUACUGGCCCAACAUUUGGUAAUAAUAUCAUAACUGUGGAUGGUCGACUUUACUGGACCGUGGAGUAUUUUCCACACGUAACCUCGAAGACACAAACAGAAGAUUUCUUUGAAUUGUCCUUACAAACAUUAAGACAAGUUUAUACGUGA